UUUACGCAUACGCUAUUCCAAAAAUUAAAACCAACAACCACCUGUCUUUCAGAGUUAAUGCCAUUCUCAAGCUAGUUAAACAUAGAUUAUCUUAAUUUAACGACGUCUUCCUUUACGCGAAUAACUGUUUAAAUAGCUUUUAAAUCUCGACAGUAAUUACUCUAGUCAGCACAUCAGUCAACUCGCCAGUCAGCACAUCAGUCAACUCGCCAGUCAGCACAUCAGUCAACUCGUCAGUCAGCACACUAGUCAGCACAUCAGUCAGCACAUCUGCAGACAUGGCCAGCAAUGUAUUACAACAACUCCAGUCUGAAAGUCCUCUUUCAAGCCCUGCAGACUCUCUUCCUAGUACACCCAGGACCCCUCUUACCCCGUCCAAAUCCUUUAAAGUGAAGAAAAAUCCUUUUACACCUCCAGACAUGCCUGGCUACGUUGGAUUUGCUAAUCUACCAAAUCAAAUUCACAGGAAAAGUGUGAAACGAGGCUUUGAGUUCACCCUUAUGGUGGUUGGUGAGAGUGGCUUGGGGAAGUCAACCCUGAUCAAUACACUCUUCCUAACUGAUCUCUACCCUGAUCGAGUGGUUUCAUCUGUCCAAGAGAACUUGAAGAAGACUGUGAAGAUAGAUGUGAGUACAGUGGAGAUUGAGGAGAGAGGAGUGAAGGUGCGGCUAACUGUAGUGGACACUCCUGGUUAUGGUGAUGCCAUUGACAACACUGACUGCUUCCAGAGUAUCAUCACAUACAUCAAUGAGCAAUUUGAGAGAUACCUCCAGGACGAGAGUGGACUGAAUAGACGUCACAUUGUGGACAACAGAGUGCAUUGCUGCUUCUACUUCAUCAACCCUGCAGGUCAUGGACUGAAGCCUCUGGACGUCCAGUUCAUGAAGCAGCUGCACAACAAAGUCAACAUCGUUCCUGUUAUUGCUAAAGCAGACACCCUCACCAAGAUUGAGGUUGCAAAGCUCAAAAAGAAGGUAAUGGAUGAGAUCCAGCAACAUGGAAUCCAUGUCUACCCGUUGCCUGAGUGUGACACAGAUGAGGAGGAAGACUACAAACUCCAGGUGCGGCAGCUGAAGGAGGCGGUGCCGUUCGCCGUCGUGGGGUCGGCCACGGUGCUGGAUGUUGGGGGCAGGAAAGUUCGAGGUCGGCAGUACCCGUGGGGAGUCAUUGAGGUCGAGAAUCCCCAGCACUGCGAUUUCAGUAAACUCAGAUGUUUGCUUGGGACGCACAUGCAGGACCUGACGGAGGUGACGCAGGAGGUUCACUACGAGAACUACCGCUCAGACAGACUGGCCCGCGGGUCGUCCCCUCUAGUGACAACUAACGGGUCCUCGCACACCGCCUCCGCUUCUUCCCUCGCCUCUCUUGGCUCUGAUAAGAAGAUCAGUGCGGCGAGCCUUGGCAGUAACGGCAGCGGCGCAGGAGGCGACCGCAUGCUGCAGGAGCUGCAGGAGAAGGAGGCUCAGAUCGCCAAGAUGCAGGAAAUGAUGGCGCGCAUGCAGGCCCAACUGCAGGACAAGAAAUGAGAACCUGUCCUCCUCACGGGGGACUGGCAAUGGUGACCUUUUAUUGGCACUUAUAGGUGAUCUCGACUUGAUCGCAUGGUGACCGUGUAUUCGCACUUACAUCGACCGUGUCACCCUGGCAAUGGUGAUAUUUUCGGCACUUGAGCGUGAUGGUGACUGAACACUGGCAUUAUCAAACUCCUAAUUGGCACUUGUAGGUAUUAAUAAUUGAUUGUCUGGCUGAAGUACCAUAUUUGGAUCUGAACAUAUGAGCAUACUGGCAAAAUUUUCUUAGCCUCUUGAAGCCAAGGAAACUUAGCAAGACUGGCAGAGGAUAUACCCUCUUUUUGCACGUGUUGCUGUCCUAUUUUCGACGACCAUUAAAGACUGGGUUCCAUGAGAGUUGAUCGUCAGAUGUGUGUGCCAAACUACUCAAAUUGGCAUUUCUGACCGCCUCUUGAUUUUUUUUCAACUUUUUGAGAGUUCUGAAUUUAUAUACUUGUACAGUUUUCAUAGCAUUGCUUGCUUGAAGAUCAUAAAAAUGUGGGGAUAAAGAGCCUUAAAAUAAUAACAUUUCUUCAGACUAAUAUGACACGAAUUUUUUUCACUUCCACUGGAAGAUGAUGACUCGAAUUCACACACUAGGACUGCUGGAUUAUAUUUUCAACUUAAGCUGCUUCUGCAGCUUCUGAACAAGAUAAUUUUUUCAAAUUUAUAAAAAAAUCUUAUCUAAGGGUAUUUCGGUCAAUCCUAUUUAGAUAGUUAAUCUUACCGAGCGCAUAAAAUUACUCUGUCAGUAGAAAAUUUGUCAUAGUUUUGCAAUAUGACAAUAGCAUUCUUUUUUUCAUCUUGUUGCACUGAAGAUUAAUGUUAGAGAUGCUGAUUUUGCCGAUAUAUAUAUGGUCUCACUGAUGAAAUUGCUUUACCGCUAAAAUGGAAUGAGUGAUAUUUUCGUAUUGCCACAGAUCUUUAAGCAUGAAUUUUUGCAGUGGCAAAAAUCUUGUAGAACCGAAAAGUAUUUCGCUUGCUUCGUUAUCUGUAUUUUGCUCACUCUCUUUAUCUCUUUAUUAUGAGGUGAGUGUUCAAAAUCACAAAGAACUUCCUGAAUCAGUACGAACUCACGAAUGUCUCAAACACGACCUUGGUCGAUAUCUGUCUCAAUGAAUAAACAUUUUAUUAUAAGAUGCUUCUAUUGUAGAAUUAAGAUAUUCUUAGCUUUUAGGUAAAUUUAAGUUUUGGCUAUAUUUCUUUCUAAAUUAGUAAAAUAAUAAAUACUAUAUAUCUAUUACUAGUCUCAUGUUCUAUAAUAUUUCCUCAUGACUUUGCGCCUUCAAUAAUUUCUCUUAAUUCUUCGUGGUGAUUGUGUCACAUUUCUUGCAAUCAGCAAUAUUUCUUAGCCUUGCUUUAGCCGUUUAUUUUUUUGUACUCUUUGUCUAGCAGAGCAUUUGUGGGACACUGUCUCGACUUAAUAGUUUGUGUUCUCUUAUCAUGAGGCAUAUUUAUUCAUGCUAGCUACUUACUGUCAAUGUACAUGUAUAAGACUGUGAAUUAAUUAAUUAAUUGCUUUAAGUGGUCAAUUAGGUUCGUAAAAAACUGCAUUGUUGAAAUUUUCGCUAUUAUUUUUAGAACGCUUUAAAUAUUUCUGUAAACUUUACAUCAAAAAACUUCUUUUCUCUGCUUCUUUCUUCGGCAUGAACGUUCAUUCAUCAGCAACAAAGUUCCCCAAUUUUACAGGGUAAAUUACAUUGAUUUACUUUACUGUUAUUAUUGUACUAUAAGAUCACAUUUUCGAUCACUACUUUUUUACGGAUUUUACUUUUACAAUAAUAGUGAGGAAGGCAAUUUGAUUUCCUUCACGUUUUUUCGCUAUCUUCUCUUCUAAUUUUAUUUUCUACGGCGAGCAUUCAUUCACCCAUCAGUAAUCCUUAUUUCAGUCACAAUGUAAUUUUUGUUCGCUUUUUUUAUUCAGACGAACUAAUAGUAAACAUGCUUUGUAAUCUAAAGUUGGUCUGUCAGAUGCUGCUAGUGAAUUUACGGUGGUUUUCAUUAGUUCACUUUCCGCUGUCUCAAAGUUCAGAAUCGUUUUAGGAGAAAUGCAGCGUUGAAGUUCCUACAGGGAAACUGCUUCAGUCGUCUGUGCAGUGACUAGAUUUAAGAUCAUGUCAGUCAAAUAGAAUAAUAGACUAAUAUUUAGAUGCCCGUCUGUGAAAUACUUAUCGUUGCCGAAUAUUUGGAUGGUAAUUUUAUGAUACCUCUUCUCUUAUUGAAAAUUUGUUCAGCGUCUUGAAAAAGGUUAAUUUUUAUGUCAGAGCGAACUGUCAAUCUUGAUACAGCAUUCGUUUUAGAACGGACGUAGGGCGGGUUUAGAAUCUUGAAUAAGAAGCUAUUUUGAAGCUGAGAAGCUCUAUGUAGUAAUGUAUUAAAAGUUUCACUACGUGUCACUGUUGUUAAACUUGGAAAGUGGUCUCAGAUUGCGACCUCCAAAGAAUUGGAAUUGCGAGGCAAUUCCACUUUCCUUGUCUAUGUACUGUACUAUGUGUCUACUAACGCUCGCUUUACUGUGUGCUCUGUCGCUUCUUUGCCCAAGUUUUAUAAUGAAGGUUACAUGUGAAUCUUUUCUAUGUUAAUUUUUGAGGGAUGAACGAUAUUUUUCGCUGUCUUGACCUUUUCUGUAUCUGAACGGGAAAUCACGAAUUCUGGUGGAAAAAAAAUGUAGUUGAACUCACUUAUUUUUUAUCAUACGUGAAACAAAAUUAUUAUUCGUUACACGCUUUCUGUUAUAAAAUCUGUGUGUAUGGGAUCCUCUUAACCUAUCGUGAUGACGAAUAUCCCAGUUUCAUUGCAUCUGGUAACGACGUUUUCCGAUCAUGUGGAAAUUAUUUUAGAUUUUCUUCCAUUACCCAUAAUUUCCAUUGAGAGAAAUCGGCAAUUAUUACGCGAUGGAAAUAUUUUGUCUUAUAAACUUAUUUACAAGCAGAGAUGGCGGUGAAUUAUUGCAAAUCUUUUUAGGGCUCUCGAGUCACAAUCUCCAAUAAUUGUUUUCUGCUUUGCCUUCAUUUAUUCAUUACAAAAUGUGCUUUGAAUCUUCGAUGAAUAGAAAUUACGUUCCCAAAGUUACAUCAUUUAAUUUCUCUAUGUCGAUAUAUAGAUAAGCUGUGACAUGUAUUGGAUUUAUUCUUAUUCAUUGUAUUAAUGUAUGAAGGAAAAGCCUGCUUACAAUUUACAAAUAGUUGGGUGUUGAUGAACUGUACUUCAUGUGUAAACCGUAAAUGAAGUGUUCCUUAUUACUAAUGCUUCGAAUUGAAUAAAUAUUUUGAUACGGAA